AAAGCGAAGGCCCGUUUUCUGAAAUUAUGGCGGGCGCCGCCACUUGCUUUGCCGAGACGCGGGUGGGGCAGGUGGUCAUGCCGGGGGAAGCGUUGCUCUUGCCCGGCCAGGGCGAGGUGGACGGCGAGCGGCUGCGCCUGACUACGAGCGGGCCGCAGAAGGGGCGGCUGGUUUGCGGGCCGGGCUUGAGACGCGGCGCCGACGGCCUGCUAGUCACCAAAUGCGGCCUGCUGCGCUACCGUAGCCAUUCCGCCCCGACCGGAAGUGGGAGCGGAAGUAGUUCCGGGGGAACCUAUUGGGUGGACUCACAACAGAAACGGUAUGUCCCAGUGAAGGGAGACCACGUGAUCGGCAUAGUGACAGCCAAAGCUGGGGACAUAUUCAAACUGGAUGUUGGAGGCAGCGAGCAUGCCUCUCUCUCUUACUUGGCCUUUGAAGGGGCCACCAAAAGGAACAGGCCGAAUGUGCAGGUGGGUGACCUUAUUUACGGCCAAUUCAUCGUGGCCAAUAAAGACAUGGAACCCGAGAUGGUCUGCAUAGACAGCAGCGGCCGGGCGAACGGCAUGGGAAUCAUAGGACAGGAUGGCUUCUUAUUCAAGGUCUCGCUAGGCCUGAUAAGAAAACUCUUGGCUCCAGAUUGUGAAAUCAUGUGGGAUUUGGGACAACUAUAUCCUUUUGAGCUAGUGUUAGGAAUGAAUGGAAGAAUCUGGGUAAAAGCCAAAACAAUUCAACAGACUUUAAUAAUAGCAAAUGUUCUGGAAGCUUGUGAGCACAUGACAGCCAAACAGAGGAAAGGUGUAAUUGCAAAAUUGUUAGAAAACUGAUGAGGGGAGAGGAUGAGGAUGAUGUCACGUGAUAAAUUUCCAGAGAGAGAAACAGAAAAUGCUGCAUAUUUAAAUAUUUUAUAGGUAUAUGGUAAAUACAAACUUGAACUGUUACUGUCUAUAUUUUUAGUUGUUGUUUCUUAUACUCCCUCCUGCUUAUUUUUCAAAUGGGAAGUUCUGUAGUUAGUAGUGGACUUUUUGUAAAGAUUUCCAAACUACUGCCUUGUAAAUGUUGGUUGAAGAUUUUAAAAAAAGGAAAUACUUGCUAUUUUUUAACUUGAUCUUCAUUUCAUUUUAUUUGCAAAUACUGGUAUGUACAGACUUUUUCAAGAGGAUUUUUUUUUAAUUCACUGAGAUGAAUGUACAUGCAUCAUGAGCAUAAGACUGAGUUGGAUUUUUAUUCUGAAAAUUAGAUGCUGUAAAAACCAAAUAUAAAUAAAGAUUACCAGAGAAAUAUACUGCUGUUAAAAAAUCAACCGCCAGAAAACUAAGUUUAUCUCAAAGAUUUAACCCUUCGGAUACAGCUUUUUAAAAAAAUGAUUGCAAAAUUAACAUUUGGCAUUGAAUUAGAUUUCUCAGUUACACAUUUAUUUUGCUUUCUCUUAAAGCAUAAAAAUAUAACCAAAUGUUGCAAUUAAAACAUGAUCCAUCUGUGACGAGCCAAAACAAGGACGCAAAGUUUUAACUCAAAUGGGAUAAAUAACAAUGGCAGCAAUUUUAAGAAAAACAAAACUUUAGUUUGACUUAUUAUGUGGUAUUGAUUUCUUGCUAUUUUGUAUCCCUGUGUUAUUGAUUCCUUUCUAUUCUUUGUUUAUCUGGUGUUGGUUACUUGCUAUUUUGUACUGAUUCCGAAAGUAAUUGUGGAAUUGUUCCCCUUGCUAUUUUUUUUAAGUUAAAUACAUACAUGGCAGGUUAGAAGAAUGGCUAGCCUUGAAGCAGCUGAGACAGCAGCUUAGAAAUGCUCCAAGGAGCAUUAAAAUCUGGCAUUUUUAUGCUGCAGGAAGGGCUUUGAGGGCAGAUGCAGCAACAAAAAGCAUUUCAAAGCAGCCAUGCUUUUUCUCAAGAUCACUGACUCUGGACAUUGAUCCUGGGUUUGGAUCAUUGCAGCUGAAUCUCUCCUUUUUCUAAAAGUGGGACCUGUUUGCCUUUGGUCAGCCAUGGAGGAGAGAUCUAAUGCACGACCUCUUCCCUGGUUUAAAUCAGUGCCUUUUGUCUUGUGAAAUGGACAAGGUUCUGUCAGAAAUCUGCAAAAAGGUUGCUUGCCUGACUAUCCUCUGAGCACAGAACUCUCCAGAGCAAAUAUAUAUAAGAAAAAAAAGGACAUUCCUAAGUUAAGUAUGAAGAAGAUGGAAUGGAACCUCACUCGUUCUUAUUUAGUGCUUUUAUUUGAUGAGUCAACUUCCAGUUAGGGUUUUUUUGU